ACGGACAAGCACUCGGACGGCAUUCAUAUUGGAAUCACUCCUGUAGACCAGAAGAAGGAUGUGCAGGACAUUAUGAGACGGAUCCCUAAAGGUUCUGAAGCCACUACUGUGUUGGUUGGUCAGGUGGAUUUCUUGAAGAAGCCAGCAAUGGCCUUUGUUCGCUUGGCCGAAGGGAGAAUGCUGGAAAAUUUGACAGAGGUGCCAUUACCUGUUAGAUUCAUAUUUAUCCUGCUGGGUCCCGAGAAAGGAGGCAUGGACUAUCACGAAGUUGGGCGGUCCUUGUCUACUCUCAUGUCCAAUCAGCAAUUUCACAGUGUGGCAUAUCGAGCUGAGACUCGGGAAGAUCUUCUGAGAGCCAUCAACAACUUUCUGGAUGAUUCCAUUGUGCUGCCCCCUGGUGACUGGGACCAUCGCACCUUGUUGCCCAUCACCCACAUGGCACGCAAGCGGGCACUGCUGCGCAAGCAGAAAAAACAGCAGUUGGAGGAGAAAGAAG